CAUGAAGCAGACUAUGGGUGCGCUCUCCGUCAUCAGUUGGGCGCUCCGGGAGCACCCGCCACAUACAGCGACAGAGCUCUUCCUUGACCUGCCAGAAGACGUCGAUGAAGAGGUGUGUCGCUGCUUUGACACAUUGGAUAUUGAGAUCCGCGUGUGGCCAGAAAUGCCGGCAACAGUGGCAGCAGUCUCCGCCGAAGGAGCCCCUGGGCGAGGCGGGGCGAGCAGUGUCGGGCCGUGGCGCCGCGGGUGGAGACGUGAGAGGCGAGGCUGGCGCCCGACGCCAUCUAUACGACAACGGGAUCAACGUGUGCGAGAAGGGCCCGCCUGAGGCCCCGCCCGCCUGUGCCCUGUCUCCACAAUUAUAGCUGUGCGUAGCCCGCCUAGCUUUUAUCGGAAGAGGUUCGCUCUCGCCCCGCAGACC